AUGGGUGUGGAAGCUGGGAAGAAGCAUGACCAUGCUCCCAGCUCUGGGGACAGGAGGUCUAAGAGAAAGCCAAAGAGAAAGGAAACCUAUUCGGUCUAUAUCUACAAAGUACUGAAGCAGGUGCAUCCAGACACUGGCAUCUCCUCUAAGGCCAUGAGCAUCAUGAACUCCUUCGUCAAUGAUAUCUUCGAGCGUCUGGCCUCAGAGGCCUCGCGCCUGGCCCAGUACAACCACCGCUCCACCAUCACCAGCCGUGAGGUGCAGACGGCCGUGAGGCUCCUGCUGCCCGGCGAGCUG